AUGUUCCUUGUGGCCCUGUCGUUUGCCUACUUUGCCAAGGCCUUGUCUGGCAGCUACAUGAAGAGCACAAUAACCCAGCUGGAGAGACGCUUUGACAUCCCCAGUUCCCUAACAGGUGUCAUCGACGGGAGCUUUGAGAUAGGUAAGUAAGUGUCUGCGUCACAGGUCCCCAUCCCCCUGUCCCCACCCCCCCUCCUCGUCCUCAUCCCCAGGGCUAUUUUGGUCUUCCGUUCUAUCCAUGUUGUUGUGGAAGAGAAGAGAUGUGAAUGAAUGGGUCACCAAGGCCUUCUAGGAAGUCACCAGGGGCCACAUUUAUCAAAGAAAAAAAAACUCUAAACCUUGUGUGCACCAGAUGUCCCACAAAGGUUGGUAUUUAUCCAUUUUGAACUUGCGGGAAAGUGUGCGUAUCUCCAUGUGCAGCUCAGACCAUUCGUACGCACAACUUCUAGUGGCUGAUCAAUUGUAUUGCAAGCAAAUAUUGUUCUAAUGGGGGAAAUGGUGUUUGAUGCACGGGAAUAAUAAUAACAUUAAAACAUGGACCUAAUGAUAAGACAGAUGCAUUUGCCGUUGGUAAGGAGAUCGCAUAGCAGCAUGUAGCCUAAUAUAUUUAUUUUACUUUUAUUAUAUAGGCCUAAAUCAUAAUCAUAUAGCAAGACAUGUCUCUCCUUUUCUGACAUGACUGGUUUAUUCCCGCUACACAACAACUAUUAAGCUACCAUUUAUCCAUCGCUCAUUCAAUAGCCAAGCAUGCUCGAAAGUAAAUAGACCGGUAGCCUAUUUAAAAUAUUUGACAUUGCUGUGUGGUAGCCUAUUUCAUCUCAGAGCCUAUCCCAAGGCAGGAGAUAUAAACACAAUCAUGUACUGAUGAACAAAAUAUUAAACAACAUUUCGUCUUUUGAUUAGAAGUGUGGGCUGAAGCAUAAAUUGUUCGAUUAGACAAUCAAUCUUGCAGAAUGCACGGCCAGUGUUUGGCACUCGCUAUAGGCGGCAUGCAUUUUUUUUUUUGAAAGGCACUGAAACACAUUCUGCCCACACCUCUACAGAAAUGUGAUCAAAUUUACCAUUGAGCCUUCUUUGAGAAACUGUCAAGGCCCAGUUCCAACAUCAUGCUAUCGCAUGUGAAUUGUGCAGUGAAAUGCUUAUGUUUCUAGCUCCAACAGUGCAGUAGUAUCUAGCAAUACAAUAAUGCCCCCCCAAAAAACAAAAAAAUACUAGAAAUUAAGAAAUAUCAGAAGUAGCUAUAUGUACUGCAUUUUGUUUUACCAUGCUGCCCUACGCUCGGCAACAAAAACAAUAACGGUGGUGGAGCAGCCAGUGGUGCUGUUUCCCCCUACUGCAGAUUCCAUCUCUAUGGGUUUGGUUAAGGUUAGGGUUAAGGUAAGGGGUCAGUUUUAGAUUUUGAUUAGUCAUUUUGCAGGUCAGUAGUGUCCUUAUAGAGUCUCCCUUCAGCCCAUGCCUUAGGAGUAUAUAUAAACACCUCUCUGCCUCAAAGGCCUUUAAUAUUGCAGACAGAUUGUGGCUUCCAUCAAUGUAAUUGUCUGCAUAAUUUCCAAUCCCCCAUAUAUCGUUUGGGUAAAUAUAUGUAUAUAAAUAUAUAUCUAUAUAUAUUAUAUUAUUAUUUUCCCCUAACCCAACCACCCUUCCCCUAAUUGGAGUAAACUAAUGGACAACAACACUUAGGCUUCAACUUCCAGCUUAUACAUACUGCAGUUGAAGUCGGAAGUUUACAUACACUUAGGUUGGAGUCAUUAAAACUUGUUUUUCAACCACUCCACAAAUGUCUUGUUAAAAAACGACAGUUUUGGCAAGUCGGUUAGGACAUCUACUUUGUGCAUGACACAAGUAAUUUUUCCAACAAUUGUUUACGGACAGAUUAUUUCACUUAUAAUUCACUGUAUCACCAUUCCAGUGGGUCAGAAGUUUACAUACACUAAGUUGACUGUGCCUUUAAACAGCUUGGAAAUUUCCAGAAAAUGGUGUCAUGGUUUAGAAGCUUCUGAUAGGCUAAUUGACAUAAUUUGAGUCAAUUGGAGGUGUACCUGUGGAUGUAUUUCAAGGCCUACCUUCAAACUCAGUGCCUCUUUGCUUGACAUCAUGGGAAGAUGAAAAGAAAUCAGCAAGACCUCCGAAAAAAAAUUGUAGACCUCCACAAGUCUGGUUCAUCCUUGGGAGCAAUUUCCAAACGCCUGAAGGUACCACGUUCAUCUGGUCUGAUGGAACAAAAAUAGAACUCUUUGGCCAUAAUGACCAUCGUUAUGUUUGGAGGAAAAAGGGGGUAGCUUUCAAGCUGAAGAACACCAUCCCAACCGUGAAGCACGGGGGUGGCAGCAUCAUGCUGUGGGGGUGCUUUGCUGCAGAAGGGACUGGUGCACUUCACAAAAUAGAUGGCAUCAUGAGGAAGGAAAAUGAUGUGGAUAUUUUGAAGCAACAUCUCAAGACAUCAAUCAGGAAGUUAAAGCUUGGUCGCAAAUGGGUCUUCCAAAGGAUAAUGACCCCAAGCAUACUUCCAAAGUUGUGGCAAAAUGGCUUAAGGACAACAAAGUCAAGGUAUUGGAGUGGCCAUCACAAAGCCCUGACCUCAGUCCUAUAGAACAUGUGUGGGCAGAAUUGAAAAAGCGUGUGUGAGAAAGGAAGCCUACAAACCUGACUCAGUUACACCAGUUCUGUCAGGAGGAAUGGGCCAACAUUCAGCCAACUUAUUGUGGGAAGCUUUUGGAAGGCUACCCAAAAUGUUUGACCCAAGUUAAACAAUUUAAAGGCAAUGCUACCAAAUACUAAUUGAGUGUAUGUAAACUUCUGACCCACUGGGAAUGUCAUGAAAUAAAUAAAAGCUGAAAUAAAUAAUUCUCUCUACAAUUAUUCUGACAUUUCACACUUAAAAUAAAGUGGUGAUCCUAACUGACCUAAGACAGGGACUUUUUACUAGGAUUAAAUGUCAGGAAUUGUUAAAAACUGAGUUUAAAUGUAUUUGGCUAAGGUGUAUGUAAACUUCCGACUUCAACUGUAUAUACUUUUUACGGACACAGUAUAUUUGACAAUAGUUAUCUUUUGUUCGUUUUUAGUCCCAUCCUUCAGCUACCCUCAACCCCUCCCAUCUAUCUCUGAAGACCAUCCCGUUUUUAUUUCUAUAUACAUUUUACGGACACAGUAUAUUGUACAUUAGUUAUCUUGUUAUUUUUAGUCCCACCCUUCAGCUUGCCUCAAGGGCCUUUCUGUGUAGAGUAGACGGAAACCAGGAGAAGCCUGCUGUAGGAUGCGCUGUGUGCCUCUUGUCAUGGCUCCAAUGGCCCCUACCACAGGGAGAGAGAACAACAAGAGAAAAGUGCUGAAGCGACUCAGGAGAGCUCCAUAGACUAGCCUCAAAGGCCUUUCUUUAUUUAACCACUCUCUAAUAGCAGGAUGUACUCUGUACCUCUUGACCUGCUCAAACCAUAGAGACAUUUCCCUUUUGGGAAACCCUUAGCAACAAACAAAGCAGUUAUUCUAGUCCACACAGUAUUCUAAAUAAAUGAAGGAAAAAUAAACACAUUCACAGUCAGUGAGUUCAGGUGUUUUCAGCACAAUAGCUCUCAGCACAAUGAAAACUGUUAUUGUCCUUAAGCAGUAUUUUAAACUAACGAAGGGCACAAUGACACUUUCACUACCUGGCAUUUCCAAGUGCUAGGUUGGCCUUAGUCAGAGGACAGUUAUUUCAGGAGUUCAGAAGUUGAGGCAUUGUACAGCAGGUUUCUGAAGUGGGACUUUCCAAGCCUACCUACUCCUCUUAAUAGUGAGAGCGGAUGGACGUCCUUAAUAAGGAAUUGACAUCAUCCCUCCAUCCCUCCAUCCUUGAAAAACAACAAUUGGUUCAAUCAUGAAAUGGCUGCUUUUAUUUUACCUCAUUAAAGUCUUUAUCGCCCACUGCUCUCCUCCACUACCCAAUUUUCUCUCUCUCUCUCUCUAACAUUCUAACUCGCUCUCCUCUAUCAACUCCCCCCCUUCUCUCUCUCUCUCUCUCUCUCUCUCUCUCUCUCUCUCUCUCUCUCUCUCUCUCUGUCUCUCUCUGUCUCUCUCUCUCUCUCUCUCUCUAUCUCUCUCUCUCUCUCUCUCUCUCUCUCUCUCUCUAUCUCUCUCUCUCUCACACACACACCCACCCCUCUCUCUCGCUCUGUCUCUCUCUCGCUCUACCCCAACCCCCCUCCCUCCUCUCUCUCUAUCCAGGCUACGGCACAGUCAUUCAAUUGGCCUUCGUCAUUCGAUUUGGAAGGUUCUUCUUUUCUUAUGAUCCAAUUUGUAAGCAUUAUCAACAGAGUGAAUGUGAAAAUGGAUUCAAAAUGGUCGCCUUCUGCUGGUGGUUUGCAGGAUGGCAAUGAUAUAAGUAAAAGGAGGGCUGUGAUUGGUUGGUGAUAUUGUCUACUAUGCCAAUUUCUCUGUAUUAAAUGGGCCAUAACUUUAAAAUUAGCAGAGAUCCAACUCUGGAACUUUGAUAUGCCCAUAGAGUAUAUUAUUUUCAACAAUAUAUUUGCCAAAUACGUUUUUGUAUAUUUUCAAUAUUCAUGUUUAUAUUUUUCUAUAUUCAUAUAUUAUUGUAAGAAAUGUGUUCUUGAAAUCAAAAUACUACUUAUAUUACAGAGCUAGCGGUAAAGCUUCAUAUGACACACAUUUCUGCUUUGUAGUAUCUACAGAUGAGACAUUAUGGAGUCUUAAGGGAGACCAAAAUGUCAGAAAUAUGGCAACUUUGAUUCAUUAUUUCUCAAUUAUGCUUUUAGAUACAAAUGUCAAAUAUAUGUCAACAACAUAUGUCAUUUUUUGGUCUGGGUUUUGUGAGGAAUCACUCUAUAGUGGGAAUUAGGAAACCAACGGUGCCACUAUGUUGAAACUCAAUGUACCAACACUCUUACAUCAAUGAGAGGAAUUAGGCAUUGUGAUUGUGAAUAAAUUGAACUGGGUUCAGUUCCAUGUCAACUCGACAAUUCAAGAAUCCAUUCAGGAAUGGAAUCGAAAUAGAGUUGUAACUAGAAUAACCUUAACAUUUUACUUUUUCAAUUCGUGAAUUGAAUCUCAAUUAAUCAGAUUAGUCAAUUUGAGAAUUGAAAUGGGAACUAAGAACAGACCAAUUCUGUGUCUGUCUGUCCCCCUACCAGGUAACCUGUUGGUGAUAGCAUUCGUGAGUUACUUUGGUGCAAAGCUGCAUCGGCCCAAGAUCAUAGCCAUGGGCUGUGUACUGAUGGCAGUGGGAACAUUCAUCAUCGCUCUGCCACACUUCCUCAUCGGACGGUGAGGUUUUACUGACUUUUGAAGGAGGAUUCAUUUCCAGCAUCCUUUUCAAAUCAAAUGUUAUUGCAUACACAUAUUUAGCAGAUGUUAUUGCGGCUGUAGCUAAAUGCUUUUUUGAAUGCACUUGUGGUACAGUAAGCUAAAGCUUAUCUGGAUAUGUGUGUAAGUGUGUGCCUGUGCGCUUGUGUGUACUCUAGUCUGCAUUACGUUUCCAGUUAUCCCCUGUUUAAAGGAAAUGUCAGUCUACAGUGCAUUAGGAAAGUGUUCAGACCCCUUGACUUUUUCCACAUUUUGUUACGUUACAGCUUUAUUCUAAAAUUGAUUAAAUCGACACACAAUACCCCAUAAUGACAAAGCAAAAACAGUUUUUUAGAAAUUUUUGCAAAUGUAUAAAAAAUAAAAACGGAAAUAUCACAUUUACAUAGUAUUCAGACCCUUUACUCAGUACUUUGUUGAAGCACCUUUGGAAGCGAUUACAGCCUCGAGUCUUCUUGGGUAUGACGUUACAAGCUUCGCACACCUGAAUUUGGGGAGUUUAUCCCAUUCUUCUCUGCAGAUCCUCUCAAGCUAUGUCAGGUUGGAUGGGGAGAGUCGCUGCACAGCUAUUUCAGAUCUCUCCAGAGACGUUAGAUCGGGUUCAAGUCCGGGCUCUGGCUGGGCCACUCAAAGACAUUCAGAGACUUGUCCUGAAGCCACUCCUGCGUUGUCUUGGCUGUGUGCUUAGGGUUGUUGUCCUGUUGGAAGGUGAACCUUCCUGUCUUGGCUUCCGUCUGGCCACUCUACCAUAAAGACCUGAUUGGUGGAGUGCUGCAGAGAUGGUUGUCCUUCUGGACGGUUCUCCCAUCUCCACAGAGGAACUCUGGAGCUCUGUCAGAGUGACCAUCGGGGUCUUGGGCCCUUCUCCCGUGAUUGCUCAGUUUGGCCGGGCGGCCAGCUCUAGGAAGAGUCUUGCUGGUUCUAAACUUGUUCAAUUUAAGAAUGAUGGAGGCCACUGUGUUCUUGGGGACCUUCAAUGCUGCACACAUUUUUUGGUACCCUUCCCCAGAUCUGUGCCUCGACACAAUCCUGUCUCGGAGCUCUACGGACAAUUCCUUCGACCUCAUGGCUUGGUUUUUGCUCUGACUUGCACUGUCAACUGUGGGACCUUAUAUAGACAGGUGUGUGCCUUUCCAAAUCAUGUCCAAUCAAUUGAAUUUAAAACAGGUGGACUACAAUCAAGUUGUAGAAACAUCUCAAGGAUGAUAAAUGGAAACAGGAUGCACCUGAGCUCAAUUUUGAGUCUCAUAGCAAAGGGUCUGAAUACUUAUGUAAAUAAGGUACUUCAGUUUUUUUAUUUGAAAACAUUUGCAAAGAUUUCUAAAAACCUGUUUUCGCUUUGUCAUUAUGGGGUAUUGUGUGUAGAUUGAUGGAACAAAAUGUGGAAAAAGUCAAGGGGUCUGAAUACUUUCUGAAUGCACUGUAUUUCUGUGUGUUUGUAUAAUGUCUGAUAAAGGACGGAUAUCACUGACUCUGUAUGAUAUGCUAAUAUACUGUAUUUUGUACAUAUUUUAUAUAUUGUAUAGCAUCGUUUGUGGGAUGAAGCAUGGUUGUGUGUUAUCAUGUGUUCUCAUUAGCUUGGCUUGGUCAUGAAAGUUUGAUCAGUCAGAAUAUAUUAUCCCAUCCCACAAGAUGGGAACAUAGUGAAUCUUAAAGAGUAUAUGCUGCACUGUAUGGAGUCUCUUUACUGAAAUGCAUUUUUACAGCUGUUGGAUGUUUUUCAGAAAAACAUUUCAGUCGCCAAUUGUUUGUAUUUUACAGGGGAAGCCAGGAAAGCUUCUUCCUAUCAUUAAGUAUUGCUUAUAACAUGACGUGCUUGAAUGUAUAAAACGUUGUUUCCUAAAUGUUUCAUUGCAUAUCCAAAGCACUCAUGUUCUGCUUUGUCUCUGUCCUCUCUACUGUAUAACGUGGUGCUUUCUUCGUUCCCUUCGCUAAACAGUUGCAUUGGUGUUUUGUACGCAGCUAUAAGUUCGAAACGUCAAUCCGAUCGUCAGUGAAUUCAACCAAUAACCUCUCCCCAUGUCCAGCGCGCCUGUUGUCACCCUCCGCGCUAGCUUCGGGUGACCCGCUUUCUGAGGCACCAAGCACAGGGACAGGUGUGUCACCUACACACAUGCUCAUGUGCAUACAUACAUGCAAACACGUGCGCGCGCACACACACACACACACACACACACAUACACACACACACACCCACACACACAGUGCUCUGUAACUAUUCUCUCUCUCCCUCCCCCUUCCCAGUAGGUUGUGAAGGAGAGUCCAAUCUCUCCAUGUGGAUCUAUGUGUUCCUGGGGAACGUCUUACGAGGGAUCGGGGAGACUCCAGUGCAGCCCCUUGGGAUCUCGUAUAUAGAUGAUUUCGCCAGGGAGGAAAAUGCUGCAUUUUACAUUGGUAAUACACCAAUUGGAAAUACAAACACACUUUAGAUAAUGUCACUGUGCAUGAUUUGAAGUACAAUCAUCCAUAUGUUAAGUAGAUUUGACAGUCUGAAUAAACUGCCUUUCAAUCUGAUUCAUACACUAAGGGCCCGAUUCAAUCAGAUCCGCUUUAGCCGACAUCCGCAUAGCUGAUGUUUAAAUGGUGUGGGAGGUGGAACUGCAUUAGAGCUGUCAAAUCCACAAGUGGCUCCCAGCUUUACACGUAAAGCAGACAUUGCCAUUGGCUGCACGGAGUCACAUUAUCAGAAAUCCCAUGCAGACUUUUUUACAAGUUCGAACACUGGAACGUGAGAUGUAAUCUACAUCUCGAUUAGAAUAAUCAAAAAUCAUCAUUAUUUAGUUUAAUGAUUUUUCAAUGUGAGCGUAAUUAUUUCUAUAUAGCCUACACUUUCUCUUUCUGAAAGUGGGGCUGUAACGCACGCCGCCAAAACAUACGCUAUGCAGGUGUCUGCUAUCACCGGUUAACGCUUGAUCUCAUUGAAUCUAGCUCUUUGUGAUAACAUGAAUGGACGAACGCUCUUUGACCUUUUAGAAAUCACACAACAACUGUCUUAUUGUUGACUGCCUUAUGGAGCUGUCUCUGUUUAGUAUAAUAAAUCAAUUGCUGUGUAUGUGCACGUGUGUGCGUGCUUAUGUGUCUUUCAUAUUUCAGGCUGCGUUCAGACCAUAGCAGUCAUUGGUCCUGUGUUUGGCUAUUUACUGGGAUCCCUGUGUGCCAAAAUAUAUGUGGACAUUGGAUUUGUCAACAUGGGUGAGUAAACGGUAUCUAGCGAAAUACAGAGUAUUCUGUCUGGGCUGCCUACACACUUUUGGACUGUACUACUGAGUUCUCCAGUUUAGACAGAGACAGGGCAUUCACCUCUGUUCUGUUACUACUAGACUAACAAACAGGGUUCUGAGUUAAGUUCAUUGUCGUUCCUAGAGUGCAAUCGCUGACUGUGUUCAAUAAGUGUUUUUUAUGUAUGCUCAUGCUUCUAGAUUCUAGGUUAUAGGACUAAAUGAACUAGUGUGCUCCAGAACGCUGUUCAGUGACGUCAGCUACUUAAUUUGAGUAACCAAUAUGAAGCAGGAGAGAUGGUUAAGAUAUGCACAAAAAGCAGCUGUGCUGUGCUCUUUUUGUUCUCUCCAGUAAGUCUUGUUGCUAGGAACGUUGCUAGUGUUCUCACAGUUAUUCUCAUAAUGUAUUUUGUCCCCAACAGUCACAGCUCUCUCUCUCUCUCUGUGCUUGUCCUCCCUGUAUAGAGACUAUCACCAUAGCCUUCUCUUGUUGUGUAUAUGUACUGACAUGUACAGUACCAGUCAAAAGUUUGGACACACCUACUCAUUCAAGGGUUUUUCUUUAUUUUUUACUAUUUUUUACAUUGUAGAAUAAUAGUGAAGACAUCAAAACUAUGAAAUAACACAUAUGGAAUCAUGUAUUAACCAAAAAAGUGUUAAACAAAUCAAAAUAUAUUUUAUAUUUGAGAUUCUUCAAAUAGCCACCCUUUUGCAUUGAUGACAGCUUUGCACACUCUUCGCAUUCUCUCAACCAGCUUCACCUGGAAUGCUUUUCCAACAGUCUUGAAGGAGUUCACACACAUGCUGAGCACGACUCAUCCCAAACCAUCUCAAUUGGGUUGAGGUUGGGAGAUUGUGGAGGCCAGGUCAUCUGAUGCAGCACUCCAUCACUCUACUUCUUGGUAAAAUAGCCCUUACACAGCCUGGAGGUGUGUUGGGACAUUGUCCUGUUGAAAAACAAAUGAUAGUCCCACUAAGCCCAAACCAGAUGGGAUGGCAUAUCGCUGCAGAAUGCUGUGGUAGCCAUGCUGGUUAAAUAAAUCACAGACAGUGUCACCUGCAAAGCAACCCCACACCAUAACACCUCCUCCUCCGUGCUUUACGGUGGGAUCUACACAUGCAGAGAUCAUCCGUUCACCCACAAAGACACGGCGGUUUGAACCAAAAAUCUCCAAUUUGGACUCUAGACCAAAGGACACAUUUCCACUGGUCUAAUGUCCAUUGCUCGUGUUUCUUGACCCAAGCAGGUCUCUUCUUAUUAUUGGUGUUCUUUAGUAGUGGUUUCUUUGCAGCAAUUCGAUCAUGAAGGCCUGAUUCACACAGUCCCCUCUGAACAGUUGAUGUUGAGAUGUGUCUGUUACUUGAACUCUGUGAAGCAUUUAUUUGGCCUGCAAUUUCAGAGGCUGGUAACUCUAAUGAACUUAUCCUCUGCAGCAGAGGUAACUCUGGGUCUUCCAUUCCUGUGGCGGUCCUCAUGAGAGCCAGUUUCAUCAUAGCGCUUGAUGGUUUUUGCGACUACACUUGAAGAAACUUUCAAAGUUCUUGAAAUGUUCCGUAUUGACUGACCUUCAUGUCUUAAAGUAAUGAUGGACUGUCAUUUCUCUUUGCUUAUUUGAGCUGUUCUUGCCAUAAUAUGGACUUGGUCUUUUCCCAAAUAGGGCUAUCUUCUGUAUACCCCCCCUACCUUGUCACAACACAACUGAUUGGCUCAAACGCGUUAAGAAGGAAAGAAAUUCCAUAAAUUAACUUUUAAGAAAGCACACCUGUUAAUUGAAAUGCAUUCCAGGGGACUACCUCAUGAAGCUGGUUGAGAGAAUGCCAAGAGUGUGCAAAGCUGUCAUCAAGGCAAAGGGUGGCUAUUUGAAGAAUCUCAAAUAUAAAAUAUAUUUUGAUUUGUUUAACACUUUUUUGGUUACUACAUGAUUCCAUAUGUGUUAUUUAAUAGUUUUGAUGUCUUCACUAUUAUUCUACAAUGUAAAAAAUAGUAAAAAUAAAGAAAAACCUUUGAAUGAGUAGGUGUGUCCAAACUUUUGACUGGUAGUGUAUGUGUAACUGAUAGAUGCACACACACACUACAUGUUAAUGUUUUGAAAUGUAUGUAAAUUGUAAAGUCUUUUGUCUGUAAUGUAUUUUUCGUUAUGUGUCGGACUCCAGUAAGACUAGCUGUCACCAUUGGCGUCGGCUAAUGCGGAUCCUAAUAAAUCAAAUUAAAUCAAGUUCUGUUUCUCCACUCCCUGUAUAGAGAGUAUCACCAUAACCCCUGGUGAUGCUCGCUGGGUGGGGGCCUGGUGGUUAGGUUACCUUAUAGCUGGGGUGAUCACCCUGCUUUCAGCCAUCCCCUUCUGGUUCCUGCCCCGUUCCCUGCCCAUCCCGUCAGACCGAGGCCCAGCCCAGUGCACCCCGGAGCAGACUAGCUUCAUCAAAGACUCCCCUCUUCUGGAGCAUAAAUACAAAGCUGACGAGCCAGACAGCUUUCUGGAGAUGGCCAAAGGUAUUUUGUUGAAUGGGGAUAAAGUUAGAACAUCUUCUGGUUUAGAUUAUGAUUGGAGUUUAAAAAGGCUUUUUCAAAGUCUGUUCAGGUAAAAUUGUAUAUUAAAUUCAGGUUGCUUUGGAUGAAAUGACCAUAGUAUGAAAAAAGGUCGACAAAAAUGACCUUCACAACUGAUGACGUCGUUGACGACUGAUGAUGUUUUGUUGAUUGUUUUUCAUCUAGAUUUCAUACCAACGUUGAAAACCCUCCUGGGGAACCCAGUGUACUUCAUCUACCUGUGUGUGACCAUCAUUCAGCUGAACUCUCUCAUCGGCAUGGUAACCUACAAGCCCAAGUACAUAGAGCAGCAUUACGGACAGUCAGCAUCAAAAGCCAAUUUCCUGAUGGGUACGUAACGUUGGUCAAUCAUAUAGCUUAUAUGCCUUGACCACUGUUGGGGAACGUUACUUUUAAAAGUAACUUGUUAUGUUACAACGUUGCUUCCAUUAAAAGUAACUUGGUACGUUACAACGUUACUUACUAUGGAAAGUAACUUGUUACAUUACUUUUGUGUUACCAAAAACAAAAAGCCCUCUGAAGAUGGUCAUUCUUAUAGGCCCAGUGCAGUCAAAAACGAAUAAAUACAAAGUCAACAUUGGCCUCAUGGUGAAAUCCCUGAGUGGUCUCCUUCCUUUCUGGGAACUGAGUUAGGAAGGACGCCUGGAUCUUUGUAGUGACUGGGUGUAUUGAUACACCAUCCAAAGUGUAAUUAAUAACUUCACCAUGUUCAAAGGGAUAUUCAAUGUCUGCUUUUUUAUUUUUACCCCUCUACCAAUAGGUUCCCUUCUUUAUGAGGCAUUGGAAAACCUCCCUGGUCUUUGUGGUUGAAUCUGUUUGAAAUUCACUGCUCGACUGAGGGACCUUACAGAUAAUUGUAUGUGUGGGGUACAGGGAUGAGGUAGUCAUUAAUACAUCAUGUUAAACACUAUUGUUGCACUUAGAGUGAGUCAAUGCAACUUAUUAUGUGACUUGUUAAGCACAUUUUUACUCCUGAACUUAUUUAGGCUUGCCAUAACAAAGGGGUUGAAUACUUAUUGACUCAAGACAUUUCAGCUUUUAAUUUUUAAUUAAUUUCUAUAAAUGUCUAAAAACAUCAUUCCACUUUGACAUUAUGGGGUAUUGUGUGUGUGUAGGCCAAUCACACAAAAUCUCAAUUUAAUCAAUUUUAAAUUCAGGCUGUAAUACAAGAAAAUGUGGAAAAAGUCAAGGGGUAUGAAUACUUUCCGAAGGCACUGUACAAAACUAACUGGGCACAGUAAAACGAGAGCUCAAAUACAAGGACAACUGGCUACCAAUCUGUUUUACUCACAGAUACAUACUUGGCAGAGAGAUAUGAAAAUACACAAGUUAACAUGAGCAAUAGCCCUUUCCAAACAUGCAAUUCAUGAACCACAACAACCAGAUCGUCUCGAUACCAACUAGUUUAAUUAUUUUCAUAGAAGUUACAGGCGCAUAGGCUUUUCAAAAGGACAACCUAUGCACAUUACAACAUUCAUAGCUCAAAGUCAAAAUAAAACCGCUCACCUUCAAUCACAACUUGGUGAUUUAUUUCACUGCUUUCCUCCAAUGUAGCGAUUAGCAUUAUACCGCACAAGAAGAUGUCUGAAGGUGCUUCUUGAGAUUUGAAGUGGAGUUCUUUGCAGCUGACAGGCGCUUAUCCCAGAGGCACAGUUAGCAUUUUACUAUGAUGUUCCUGUCCUUUUCCCCUACCAAUUCAAAGUAAUGCGAAUUCUUCCACAAUGUAAAGGCUAUUGUCUCUGCCAUCUCACUAGCUAGAAACAAAGAAAAAAGGGAAUAAUAUUGUAAACGUAAUGGCUUGCUUAUUUGAAAACGUAAUUAAGUAACUGAUUAAAAAAUUGAGAAAUGAACGUGUUAAGUUACUCGUUACCACAAAAAAGAAAUCUUAGUACUCUGACCCGUUACUUUGUAACACGUUACCCCCAACACUGGCUUUGAUUCAUCUCCUACAUGAGCUAGUUCAAUUUAGAUUUGAAACUUGAAAGGACUCGCUUUAUGCAUAGAUAAGCUCAUGCAUAAAAUAUUGUUAAUGCUAGAUCAAGCAAUAGGAGAUCAACGUUGCUGUUUUAUUGAGCUAUGCAAUGUGUUAUGAUUCAACCCUAAAAUGUGUAUGUUGAUCUAAAUAGGCCUCAUGCAACACUAUAUUGACUUGACCAUUGCAUGCUGUGUAUGAAAGGUAAUGCAAUAUCUAGCAUAGCUAAUAGAACAGAUAGAUAAAAGAUGAUAUCUGUACAUUGAUGUAUGAAAAAGACCAACAGCUUUGGUCUUUGAGUGGGAGUUGGACAGGGCUACAGUGUGUUCUCUCUACUUUCAACUACAUCAAAGGCUGAGUCUCAGGCGGUAUGACCUGGUUCUACUCUACUGUACUGUAUGUAUAGCUGCAUUGGGUUGUAAAAUAGCACUGGCAUAAAAGGUAGACUUUUAGCUACAGUGAUAUGAAAGGUAGCAAUAGCUAUGGUAUUGUAUGAAAAAGUGAGUUCCUGGUUUAGGGCUUUGGCUGGUUCACAUGAUGGUGUUUCAGUCCAAUUGAACCUAUCAUCAAGACCUUAGUGCUGACCUAAAUCCUCCAUGACUAGGAAUGAAGAACAUUUUUAAAGAAGGAGACCUACGUCUUAACGUUUAUAGAGUGUGUGUUGUUUGUGUGUUUGUUCCAGGUACGAUCAACAUCCCUGCCGUGGCGUUGGGAAUUUUCACUGGCGGCCUACUCAUGAAGAGGCUGAAGCUGAGCAUCAUGGGAGCGGCCAAGUUUGCGUUCGGCACCUCUCUGAUAGGCUACUUCCUAUCCCUCUUAUUCUUCGCCAUGAGCUGCGAGAACACCAAGGUGGCCGGGAUCACACUGCCCUAUAACAGGUGGGAGAUAUACACACACACACACACACACCUCUGGGUAGAAGUUACCCUUAGGUACAUACAGUAUUUACCCUCUGUAUAUACAGUACCAAUCAAAAGUUUGGACACACCUGCUCAUUCAAGGGUUUUUCUUUAUUUGUACUAUUCUUUACAUUGUAGAAUAAUAGUGAAGACAUCAAAACUAUGAAAUAACACAUAUGGAAUCAUGUAGUAAACAAAAAAGUGUUAAACAAAUAUAUUUGAGAUUUGAGAUUCUUCAAAUAGCCACCCUUUGCCUUGAUGACAGCUUUGCACACUCUUGGCAUUCUCUCAACCAGCUUCACCUAGAAUGCUUUUCUAACAGUCUUGAAGGAGUUCCCACAUACAGUGGGGAGAACAAGUAUUUGAUACACUGCCGAUUUUGCAGGUUUUCCUACUUACAAAGCAUGUAGAGGUCUGUAAUUUUUAUCAUAGGUACACUUCAACUGUGAGAGACGGAAUCUAAAACAAAAAUCCAGGAAAUCACAUUGUAUGAUUUUUAAGUAAUUAAUUUGCAUUUUAUUGCAUGACAUAAGUAUUUGAUCACCUACCAACCAGUAAUUUGAUCACCUACCAACAUGUUGCGUUUAUAUUUUUGUUGAGUAUAUAUCUUGUUAUGCAUUUGAUUAAAUACACAUCCCACCUUAUGUAUCUGAGCAGGCAGAGGUCAAGUCAUGUCUAUAUAAAGAAAAGCGCUAUAUAAAUUACAUAUACUAUUAAUAACAACCCCCUCUCUCUCUCUCUCUCUCUCACUCUCUCUCUCUCUCUCUCUCUCUAUCUCUCUCUUUCUCUUUAUUUCUCUCUCUCUCUCUCUCAGGGUGGAUGGUGUAUCAUAUGAGGAGCCCUCAGUGUUCUCAGCCUGUAACUCAGACUGUGUGUGUUCAGACAAAGACUGGGACCCUGUCUGUGGAGAGGACGGCAUCACAUACGUCUCUCCCUGCCUGGCCGGCUGCCAGACCUCCACAGGAUCAGGGAAGAACACAGUGAGAUGAGGAUCAAAGCCAGCAUGGAGGCUGCAUCCCCAUAUGGCACCCUCUUCCCUAUAUAGUGUACUACCUUUUGGCUCUGGUUAAAAGUAGUAUACCAUAUAGGGAAUAGAGUGCCAUUUGAGAUGCAAACUGACUGUGUAAUCUGAUAUAUCAUAUUAUUGAUUCAUAAACUUGUGAGCAACAGGGUGGGGGUCUAUUCCAUUUUAAUUUCAGUACGAUUUCAGCUGCCAAGUCUGCAGCAAUUACAUUUCAUGAAUUGAACUGGAAUUGACUCGCACCCUGGUGGGUUUAUUGAUCACUUUUGAAGCAGCAGGUUAUGUUGUUGUUUCUGUUUUUGUGUCAAAUUGUUUUGUGUGUGUGCCUGCCUGUGCCUGCAUAUGUCUGUGUGUGUGUGUGUGUUUGUGUGUCUGUGUGUAUGUGUGUGUGUGUGUGUGUGUGUGUGUGUGUGUGUGUGUGUGUGUGUGUGUGUGUGUGUGUGUGUGUGUGUGUGUGUGUGUGUGUGUGUGUGUGUGUGUGUGUGUUUGUGUGCCUGCCUGUGUCUGUGUCUCUGCAGGUGUUCUCUAACUGUAGCUGUGUGGUGACAGCAGGGCUGAGCAGUGGUAAUCUGACAGCCAGUGUAGGCCACUGUCCUCACAGAGACGACUGUGACCGCGUCUUCCCUUACUUCCUGGCUCUCUCUGUCAUCACUUCAUUUAUCAUCUCCCUGGGUGGCACGCCAGGCUACAUGGUCCUCAUCAGGUCAGUCACUCACACAAACACAGAUACACACACACAUACACACACACACACACACACACACACAAGACGGGAUGGUCAUAGCAGUUGGCAAGACAGCACAAAGAAAUCUGGGACUCAGACACCUUAGAGGGGAAACAAUCAGAAGCCCCGUUUAUACCUGGUUCUAACAUGCGUCCGUUGUCCUGAUCAUGUCCACAUUCUGGUUGUGCCCACAUUUGUUGACAGGUGUAGACAAUCAAAAGACGCAUUGUGAUCUGAUUGUGAUUAUAUCUUUCUGACCACCUCCGGAGAUAGUCGAAGACGCAUCUUGUACGGAUAUCCUUGGUGUAAACGAAUCCGGACAACGAAAGUGUAUACAUUUGGCCAACGUCACGUCACGGUUGUCCCGCCCUCUCAAAAAAUCACACCAGCCAGUAGAAUUAAGGUCUUUAGAAACCAAGUGUCUACUGGCACUGAGGCUGGAUAUGCAUCAGUCCAAUAUUGCAUCCAGCUUUGAAUAAAAUGGGCAUACAGAAAUAAAGAUAUUUAUGACGAGAUAUUGUCCCGAAUAAGAGAAAAAGGGUUCUCCCUUUCCCACGUCCAAUGCCAGCGCAAAAUACAGUGGGGAAAAAAAGUAUUUAGUCAGCCACCAAUUGUGCAAGUUCUCCCACUUAAAAAGAUGAGAGAAGCCUGUAAUUUUCAUCAUAGGUACACGUCAACUAUGACAGACAAAUUGAGGAAAAAAAAUCCAGAAAAUCACAUUGUAGGAUUUUUAAUGAAUUUAUUUGCAAAUUAUGGUGGAAAAUGAGUAUUUGGUCACCUACAAAGAAGCAAGAUUUCUGGCUCUCACAGACCUGUAACUUCUUCUUUAAGAGGCUCCUCUGUCCUCCACUCGUUACCUGUAUUAAUGGCACCUGUUUGAACUUGUUAUCAGUAUAAAAGACACCUGUCCACAACCUCAAACAGUCACACUCCAAACUCCACUAUGGCCAAGACCAAAGAGCUGUCAAAGGACACCAGAAACAAAAUUGUAGACCUGCACCAGGCUGGGAAGACUGAAUCUGCAAUAGGUAAGCAGCUUGGUUUGAAGAAAUCAACUGUGGGAGCAAUUAUUAGGAAAUGGAAGACAUACAAGACCACUGAUAAUCUCCCUCGAUCUGGGGCUCCAUGCAAGAUCUCACCCCGUGGGGUCAAAAUGAUCACAAGAACGGUGAGCAAAAAUCCCAGAACCACACGGGGGGACCUAGUGAAUGACCUGCAGAGAGCUGGGACCAAAGUAACAAAGCCUACCAUCAGUAACACACUACGCCGCCAGGGACUCAAAUCCUGCAGUGCUAGACGUGUCCCCCUGCUUAAGCCAGUACAUGUCCAGGCCCGUCUGAAGUUUGCUAGAGUGCAUCCAGAAGAGGAUUGGGAAAAUGUCAUAUGGUCAGAUGAAACCAAAAUAUAACUUUUUGGUAAAAACUCAACUCGUCGUGUUUGGAGGACAAAAAAUGCUGAGUUGCAUCCAAAGAACACCAUACCUACUGUGAAGCAUGGGGGUGAAAACAUCAUGCUUUGGGGCUGUUUUUCUGCAAAGGGACCAGGACGACUGAUCCGUGUAAAGGAAAGAAUGAAUGGGGCCAUGUAUCGUGAGAUUUUGAGUGAAAACCUCCUUCCAUCAGCAAGGGCAUUGAAGAUGAAACGUGGCUGGGUCUUUCAGCAUGACAAUGAUCCCAAACACACCGCCCGGGCAACGAAGGAGUGGCUUCGUAAGAAGCAUUUCAAGGUCCUGGAGUGGCCUAGCCAGUCUCCAGAUCUCAACCCCAUAGAAAAUCUUUGGAGGGAGUUGAAAGUCCGUGUUGCCCAGCGACAGCCCCAAAACAUCACUGCUCUAGAGGAGAUCUGCAUGGAGGAAUGGGCCAAAAUACCAGCAACAGUGUGUGAAAACCUUGUGAAGACUUACAGAAAACGUUUGACCUGUGUCAUUGCCAACAAAGGGUAUAUAACAAAGUAUUGAGAAACUUUUGUUAUUGACCAAAUACUUAUUUUCCACCAUAAUUUGCAAAUAAAUUCAUAAAAAAUCCUACAAUGUGAUUUUCUGGUUUUUCUUUUCUCAUUUUGUCUGUCAUAGUUGACGUGUACCUAUGAUGAAAAUUACAGGCCUCUCUCAUCUUUUUAAGUGGGAGAACUUGCACAAUUGGUGGCUGACUAAAUACUUUUUUUCCCCACUGUAUAAUAUUUGAAAACAUUGUAGGCUACAGAAAGGCCAAGGAAUUCAGAGAUGCACUUUGUAGCCUACUCUGUAAAUUAACCUGUUUCUGUUUUUACUGUGUGCAUUAGGGCCUAAGUGUCAUUUUUAUUUAUACUGUGCAAUAAUUGUAUUUUGCAAACACAUCCAGAUACUCAGCUUGUUUGCAUGGUGACGUUUUUAGGGAUGGGAGAGAUUCUCUGAAUAUUUAUUUUGUACGGCUGUGGACAGGUCCAGGUUAUCGGGACAGUAGCCUAUUACACCCAGUCUUAAAUCCUUGGGUAACAAAAGUAGGCUGUAAUGAUGAGUAUGAAACUAUUGAUUAUAAAAGUGUGCUGUUUUCUGUUGAUUUAUACAGCGUGUCAUAACGGAGGUUCAAGGCAGGUUGGAUGAAUUUGCAUACAGGGAGGGACCAGGGAAUCUGGUCACAAUAGGGAUGAAUUGGGCAGAUAAGAGACAGAUAUUACCAUGUGUAGACGCAACAAAUCUCGAUCAGAUAGUGAUCGGAUCAUGUUGAUCGGAUGAUGACAACCAUAUGUUAAUGCAAGGUGUAACCAUGGCUACUGAGAAAACCUAAACUGCAUUAGGUCUACUACAUUUACCUGCACCACCUUGUUCAGAAUGAUCUCGCCCAGAAAGUUCUCACAAACACUUGGCUACUACUGUACAGUAGUACACCAUGGGUAACACUGUAGUGAAAUGGGCUCACAAUGGGUGACAGAAUGGCUGACAGAAGUUGAAUGUAGUCUGUGCAACAGACUUAGUCUGCUAAAUGGCAUAUUACUUAGGCCAGGAUUCAAUCAAACUGCACUUUGUCUGCUAUGCGCCAUUUCAAGGUAAUUUUCCAUUCAGCCGACAUAUGCAUUGUUUACGACGAACGCGGUCUCUGUGAACGGGAAAACAUUCCCUUUAAAAGCUGCAUAGCAGACAAAUCGCGAUCAGAUUGAAUUCCGGCCUUGAAGAGACGUGUUGCAACCAUAGAGAAUGAUAGAGGCCUCUAGUGGCCAAAAGGCCGUCUUAGGGCAGGGCCAUUGAGGGCUUCCACCAUUUUUAUGUAGUCAUCUGGGUGGAACUUACAACUUUAUUGGCUGAUCCCUUCUGGUGACUCUGUUGGAGUCAUGUCCAACCGGGUCAUCAGGAGGGAUCGACCAAUUGCGAAGAAGGAAAUGUACAACUUUAAAAUGGAGAUAGCCUCUAUAGAGUCAUAAUAUUCAUAAAAACCUAGAGGUCAAACAGGGAAAUGGUUCCAAUCGUUCAUUUUUCCUAUAGGGGAUUUUAGAAACACUUAAAAUAAGAGCUGUGUUUCGUGUAGGCUUACCCUGGAGUGAUGUCUGACUGGACUGAGAGAUCAUUUUUUAUGAGUCAACUCGUUGUUCUUCCUGCUCUCUAUCUGUGUGUCUAUUCAGGGUUAUAAUAUAGCAGUAAACAUAGCUUCAUUACACUUUAAGUACAUUUCAUUUCAAUCUUUAUCCCACGGCAUACUUAAUAGGGGUUAUAGGAAAGUCAGCAAUAGAGGUUUUCACUGUAUAUCAGAAAAGUAGAAUAUGUGAUUUGGAGCAGUACUGUUACUGGCUAAAAUGAGUCCUUAAUUAGCCUUGGCCAGCUUCGAGCAUGUACACAAAUGCACAUACAUACGCACGCACACACACACGAACACAAACACAAACCACAAUCCAGCAGAUCCGCCCAAAGCUCGAUCAGCUGACCCCGAUGAAAUGUGUUGCACUUACUGGGACAAAUGAAGUUACUGGCAGUGCCCUAUUUCCUUUUUCUUUUGUUCUGAUAUUUUUAGAGUCUUAGUUGUCUGAGAUGGGUCUGCUUCUGUUUUUGCUCUGGGACUUGAGAGAACAGCUGAAUAGCAAGGUAGUAAGGGCAGACCUUUCUGACAGUGUACUACCUUGCUCUACCAACAUAGGUCAGUAGUACUCACUCUUUGGUACUCACUGGCUAUGUCAGAGAACGUCUUAAGUCAACUUACUGUAUGUCAACAACACUGGUCUUUUGAGUUGACCUUUAAAGAUGACUGAGUAUGCAAACAUAAUAAUUUCUUUAAAUGUGUUGGUCUUUGAACCAUAACUCAUUUGUGGAUGUUUUCAUAUCGUGACAUUUCAUUCAUAAUAUCUUCAGGUAUAGCUAUAUCUAUUAUCUGUAUUCAUAGUUAUGGUAAAGUUCAAGUUGAUGAUGGUAAGUAAGCUUAACAUAUGUGUUCUCCCAUGCAGGUGUAUCAAGCCUCAACUGAAGUCCUUAGCUCUGGGGUUCCAUACUCUGUCCACACGUACACUUGGUGAGUCAAUACGGUCAGAUCACAGAUCUAGGAUCAGUUUACCACCCAAAAUGUUAACACGUGGGGGGCACAAAACUGACCUUAGAUCAGCGUCUAGGGGCAACUUCCUCCUACUCCUGUCUGAUCAAGCCAUACCAGUCCCACAGCCAGCGGCCGGCAGCUUAGCAACCCUGAUAUAAAACUAGCUGCAGCCAGUUUGUUUCCAAGUCACACAUUUCUCCACUACUCAGCUUCUAUUAGGAUUAAAACCCUGAACAAAAUCCUCUUAAAAAUCCACUCUUUUGCAAAGGUAAUCCUAGAAAAAGUAUUACUUGUGAAUCAGGUGUGUUAGCUCUGGGUUGGAACACAAUCCUGCACACACUGGCCUUUUCCAUGAGCAAGAUUAGCCACCUCCGUAUUACUGGUAGAUCAGUUUGUGUGUGUUUGUGUUCUAACAGCGGGUAUCCCAGCGCCCAUCUACUUUGGGGCGAUCAUCGACACCACGUGCCUGAAGUGGGGCCAGAAGAGAUGUGGAGGGACAGGAGCCUGUCGGAUAUACAACACUACAUCAUACAGGUAAUACACACAUACACACUACUGGUCAAGCCUGAUACACAACAUAAACGCACACAGACAACACACUUACUUCAAAGUGAUAAUGUCAGAGAGGCAUAGCCUCUAUAAGAUAAGAUGCUGAACAUUGAUUUGCAAGCCAAUAUGGAAGGCAACCCCAGUAGACUUGCCACUUAAAGCACCCGUGUAAUGUCAGGUCUCUGUGUGUGUAUCCCCUGGUCUCUCUCUCCUCAGGAUAGCGUACCUGGGUCUGACUAUGGGCCUGAGGACAGUUUCCUUCCUGCUGUGUAUAUUGGGAUUUGUGCUGCUCAAACGACACCUGCGGAGAGAGGAACGCAGCGCCCACCAAGUGGCCAAUGGCGGAGCAGAACUGGAGGCACUCAGGAAAGAGGAGGUCCUAGCCUUCAACUCGGACCAAUCACUACGGACUUCAACAACAGACUACAACAACACAGAGAGAGAGACACGGCUGUGACAGUCUGAGCCAAUCUCCUCUGAUCCCUCACGUUACACACACACACACACACACACACACGCGAGAUGUGCAGGAACCAACAACACUCUGCGCCUGACCAUCUCAUCUUAUAGAACAUAAAUUAUAUAUUUGUACUGGACCUGUCUAGGUUAUGUAUAGUAAAAAAAUAACAUGUUUUUGAUAUAACUGAAGUAUUUAAUGGAUGUACCUGCUGUAUUUUACAAAAACACAAAUGUAACAACAAAGAAUGUCAUCUUUGUUGUUGGUACAAAGAAAGCAUUUGAUUGAAUUUGUUAACCAUUGGUUAAUUGUUUUUACUGCAGUGAGAGUCCAGUUUCGGUCACUGAGUAUUUUUGUAACAACUCUUAAGGUAGUCUACAUUAUAAUAUUGUUAGACAGCCUCAAUCUGUUGAAAGAGAAUGUCAGACAUUCUGUGUUUCACUACUGUAAACAUUGCCAAAAUGUGAUCUCAAUAGCCCUGUUUAUACCGGGUUCUAACAUGCAUCCUUCGUCC